UUUGUAGUAGAGAACACUAUUAAUUCGGAUAGACUUAAUCUACUAGAGUCCUCCCAACAGUAAAAAGCGCGAAUUACAUCGCUAUAUAUAUAUGUACACAGAGACAGAUAGGCCAAACAUCAUCUUCAACCCACAUAGUUUUUGUUCCUCUCGUGAAGAACAACCAUGGAGAAACAAAUUACUAUUAUGUUACUAUUAUUAAUAACUGUGAAUGUGUUUUGUGUUUGGUCUGCCAAAGGUAAGGCAAACAUGUCAGCAGUGGGAGACCCUGGAAUGAAGAGAGAUGGACUGAGAGUGGCCUUUGAAGCUUGGAACUUCUGCAAUGAAGUUGGCAAAGAAGCCCCUUGGAUGGGCAGCCCAAGAGCUGCCGAUUGUUUUGAUCUCUCUUUCUUAAGUAAGUUCAAAUAUAAUUUGUUUUUGAUCUUCUAUUUUUUUACCCGCCAAAAACAAAAAACAAAAACAACCAAACACGGAUUUCUGAUUCACAAAGUGCUAGAGUAUCACAACAGACUUGGAGUUGGGAAGCCAUUUCCUGGUGUGAGUUUACAAGCUCUGGGCAAUCCAGACCUUUACGCGGCCGAGAAGGAGCGCCAUCUAGGUUCUUUAUGUGAAGUUGCAGACACACCGGAACCAUGGCAUUUCUGGAUGGUGAUGCUUAAAAACGGCAACUACGACUCCUUGUCUAGUUUAUGUCCAGAGAAUGGUAAAAAAUCGGCCCCUUUUAAGCGCGGAAGAUUUCCUUGCUCCGGAGAAGGGUGCAUGAAUCAACCCCUCUUGUACCAUGAACAGACAGCCUUAUCAAGGGAUGGUACAAUGAGAGGAGGUUUCAUUGGUACCUACGAUCUGGACUUCGAUAUUCGUCGUGGCAUCGACAACAUAUCUUAUUAUGAGGUUCAGUGGGAGAAGAAAGUUGGUGUUGGGAGUUGGGUUUUCCACCACAAACUCAAGACCUCAAAAUCCUAUCCAUGGCUCAUGUUGUACCUCAGAGCUGAUGCCACCAAAGGCUUCUCCGGAGGCUACCACUAUGACACUAGAGGAAUGCUCAAAACACUUCCAGAGUCACCUAAUUUUAAGGUGAGACUCACUUUGGAUGUGAAGCAAGGGGGAGGAUCUAAGAGCCAAUUCUACCUCAUAGAUAUGGGGAGCUGCUGGAAGAAUAAUGGUGCUCCCUGCGAUGGCGACGUGACUACCGACGUGACCAGAUACAGCGAGAUGAUCAUCAACCCUGAAACUCCGGCAACGUGCAGCGCCACGGCAUUGGGGAAAUGCCCACCGUUCCAUAUCACACCAAACAACACCAAAAUCCAUAGGAAUGAUACAGCCAACUUCCCUUACUCGGCCUAUCACUAUUACUGUGCUCCUGGAAAUGCAAAUGCAGACUACUUGGAAAGCCCUUACGAAAUUUGUGAUCCUUACAGCAAUCCUCAGGCACAACAGAUUGUUCAGUUGCUGCCUCACCCGAUAUGGGCAGACUAUGGCUAUCCAACUAAACUAGGAGAUGGUUGGAUUGGGGAUGCAAGAACUUGGGAGCUUGAUGUUGGUGGUCUUUCAAGCAGACUCUACUUCUAUCAGGAUCCAGGUACCCCUCCAGCUAGAAGAAUAUGGACAUCUCUGGAUACGGGAACUGAAAUUUAUAUUACUGAUAAGCAUGAAAUGGCAGAAUGGACUCUGAGUGACUUUGAUGUUAUUCUCACUACUCCAACUACAUUAUAAGCAGUAGCAAUUCGUUUUAAUUUUUCAAUGGAGCUCGUGUAGGUUAAUUUCAUUUUUUUUGAGCAUGGUCAUGCAGUUAUGGUGAAACUUGACAGCUUAUUUUAGCAAGGCUGAAACACAAGCCCAUUUUAGUUCCUCUUAAUCUUUUUUUUAUUUUUUAUUUUUUUGGUUUUUAUGAUGCCUUAAAUGUUUUAAUUUAUUCCUGAUUUGUUUAAACGGUUAAAUAAAUUUGAAAAGACAUCUUUACCCUCAUUUUAAUGUUUUCAUUCAUAUAAUUAAAAGGUAUAUUUGAAGACAAACCAGUCUCAUUAUCCAAAAUUAAGUUAAUCCAGCUGUCAUAAAAUUCCACCUCAUGUAUCAAUUACA